AUGGCUGGCAGCUCCAGAUCCGUCUCGCCGUCUAGUUCCACCUCGGACGUUGCGCUUUCUGAUUCGAGCAUCAAGCUGGAAGUAGAGAACGAUUCACCAGAGCCGACAAAACCAUCCACUUCUUAUCGGCCCAUCGCCUCCUUACCAUCGCGUUCAUCCCCAUCGGCACCAUCUCGAGGCGUCAUCGAUCCAGCCGCGCAGGAGUUUGUACCCUCUGCGCUUUCCUCAGGGGGUUCAUCCGCUUCUCGCGUGCGACAUGCACUGCCUUCGAAACCAGGUACAAACCUGCCCACACCUUUUCCGUCGACUAGCGGAACACCAGGAGCUACCGCCGCCAACGGCGCGACCCCUUCCUCCGUGACACAGACCGCCUCUCCGAAGCGAGUAAGGGUGGGAGCUGAUUUGGUUCCGCAGGCUCCCAAGGUGCCAAAGACGUUGGCAGAGAAAAGUGCCAGGCCGCACUUGAUCGUGGUGCUAGAACAAGCUUGCUUGGAGACGUACAAGAUGAGCAGCGGCCCAUCCAGUAGCGGCGGCGGCGGCAGUGGGGGAUAUGGCGGAGGUGGUGCCAUGGGCGGAUCUAGUAGCCGUGGUCGAAGCAAGGACCAAGGAGGAGACAAGUACGCCUUAUUGAAUUGCGAUGACCACCAAAGGGUGCUCGCCAAGAUGGGCAGAGAUAUUGCUGAAGCUCGGCCAGACAUUACACAUCAGGUGAGCCUCUUGUGAGAGCAAUCGGAUUUUUUCACGCACUGGACGUGCUGUUGGAAUAGACUGCUUCAUGCGUCUAUGCACAAGCUUGGUGACGCUAAUCACUACGGUUUCGCCGACAUUCUCCAGUGUCUGCUUACGCUCCUGGACUCGCCCCUGAAUAAAGCGGGAUUGCUGCAAGUCUAUAUACACACCGCGCGAGGUGUCCUGAUUGAGGUCAAUCCGCACGUCAGAAUUCCACGGACAUUCAAGAGAUUCAGUGGCCUAAUGGGUGAGCGUUGAGCCUGUGGGGCACCAGCCCAACCAUUGCUAACCAGUCUUAUCCUGCUGCUCAGUGCAAUUGCUUCACAAAUUAUCGAUCCGCAGUGUCAAGGGAAGCGAAAAGCUUCUCAAAGUCAUUCGGAAUCCCGUGACAGAUUACUUCCCGCCCAACACCCGCAAGAUAAGUGCGUCCCAAGCCUCAACAAUUCAGAGGCAUGUACGCUUGAUGUUUCUCUUGCAUUGCUGACAAGCAAUACCAACCUGUUGUGCAGCUUUGUCGUUCGAUGCGCCGGUUCAAAGACUUUCCAACUACCUCUCUAACGGCAUUCCCUCCGAUCAUUCGAUCGCGGUCUUCGUCGGGGCUAUGGCACACGGCAAAGACAGCUUUGCGGAUAGCAUCGUCGAUGAGAAGAUCAGCAUCAGCGAGUACUCUCUGAGCGCAAGUGUUGCUUGUGGCAAGGUGAGUUUUCAUGCGUGCCUGUAGCUGUGCAGGACCACUUAGAGCUUCGCGUCAGCGCAUCCACUAGCGACUGAUCAAACGCGGCGCCCUUCUUUGCCUUUUAGUUCUGCUGUGCCCUUGAGGAUUUUUGGGGCGUCAUCUAG